GGGUUUAAUUUGUUUUAUAAAAUUUGUAAAUAAAACCCCGCUAAAACAUGGCCUCUCUGCUGAAAGUCGCUACCAGCACGCUCCGAAGCACAUUAUGGCAGACACGGAGCGUGGCUACCACCACGCCGCAGCUGAUAAAAGAGAUCCAAGAAAAACAGGAAAACAAUGUAAGGACCUAUGAGGGCGUGAACAUAGAGUCGGAGCGUUCCGAGAAAUUGCUAAAAUCCGCCUGCCAGACCACCUUCUGCCCAGAAUGCACGCUGGGCCUGGAUAUCAAGCACACCGACGUGCUUAUCCUGUCGCAGUACGUCCGAUCCGACGGAUGCAUGCUUCCCAGACGCAUCACCGGCCUGUGCUAUCGCCAGCAGAAGAAAAUGGGCACCCUGGUGACGAUGGCCCAGAAGGCGGGUCUGAUGCCCAACCUGGGCCCGUCGUGGAGCAAAAAAGAUCCGAAACAGCGUUACGGCUGGAAGAAAUUUAACAAAUAUUUCCUCGAGUCUACAAUCAAAUACUAAAACUAGUGAUAAUGGGCAAUAAAUGUAUUGAUGUUUAUACUAGAUUCCAUUCCA